AUGUGGUCAGCUAUUAUCGCCCAGCUUAAUCAAGACGGAAAUGGUGCUGAAAAAAUACCGGAAGGUUUUCUCGGCGGUUCAACAGGUGGAUCACCAACUGUUUCAAUUCCUAGUCGUUUCUACAACGCAUGCCGAGAAAAUAAUAUCGAUUUGGUUAAAGACUAUUUGCAAACAAUGUCACUAGAAGAAAUUAAUAAAAUGGAACCCAAUGGUUCUACCGCACUUCAUGUAGCUGCAUAUUGUGGACAUGAAGAAAUUGUUAAGCUUUUACUAGAGAAAGGUGCUUGCUCUUCAACAAUAAAUAAAUAUAAUUGUACUCCACUUGAUGAAGCUAAAACUAAUAAAAUAAGACAAUUAAUCCGUCGUCGUAUGAAUGGAAAUCGUUUUGUCAGUGACACUAUCGAGUGGAUUCUUUCAACAGGCGAUGCUGAUUUCAUAGCACAUAAAUAUUUGAAAAUAUUGGAAAAAUAUGGUACAGACCCCGACUUUCAUAGAUUGAUUGUUUAUAUAAAACAAAAUUAUCUUGAAAUGGACUUGCAGAAUAUUGAUGACAUCAAUAUAAUAAAAGAAUAUUUUGAUAUGGCAAUAAACAAAAAAGAUCCUGUUUAUUUACUAAAAGCAUAUACAGCGGAAACUGGUUUUUAUUCUACACUCAAUGUUCAUCUAGCACAAUUACGGCUUGAAAAUCUAACUAGCCAAGAGAAUAUUAGUCGAGCAUAUUAUAUUGGAAUAAUUGCUCGUCAUCCAAAAUUCAAAACAUAUUCAUACACUGGAGAAGUAUUUCGUGGUAUGGUGAUUACUGAUAAUGAUCUAAAAAAAUACCAAAUAGGCACACGUAUUUUAACUAAAACAUUUUCUUCGACGUCAAAAAAGUUGCAUAUAGCAUUAAGAUUUCUUGAUAAAAAUCAAAAUACAAAUGGUGGAUUAAGUACAAUAUGCAAAUAUCAAAUACGUAAUGAAAGAACUGCGUUAGAUAUUGAACACAUAUCAUUAUUUGAAGAUGAAAAAGAAGUAUUAAUCUUACCAUAUUCAGCAUUUAAAAUCAUUGACAUUAAACAAAAUAAAGACAGUUCACCUAGAGUUGAAAUAGACCUGAAAGAAUGUGAGCCAUGGUAG